CGCGGGACCCUCUCUUUGACUCGAUCUGUUAUCAUGGCAGGUCUGCUUCCGAGCUUGAUUCUUUGAAAGAGUCCCGCUGUGAAUACUGCGCCACGGGCUUUGGGCCCUUGUCAAUACUGAUCCGACAGAGCAAUAGGCGUGCACUGGCAUUUGAUUUCGCCAUUAGAUGAGCUUUACUGGCCGACACGAUCUUGAUAGCAUGUAUAGCUAGGAUGUCGGCCACUGCAUUUUUGGACAAACCGCUACUCAAAGUUAGUCGGCCGGUGGCUGCUUGCUCAAGAUGUCGAACGGCGAAAAUCAAGUGUGACGGAAAGCUUCCCGCCUGCUCGGCGUGCGAAAGGGUCGGGAAAGCGAGUACGUGUUCGGGGGCAACCGAUGAAUUUGCGAGGGGGAAAGAGAGGAGUUAUGUCGCCUCCUUAGAAGGCUAUUGCGAAAGGCUCGAGAAGAAGAUUGCAGAGCUUCAGUCGUACAAAAAGAAGCUUUCCAUCGAUGAAAAAGGCGUCGCUCAGAAGGGUUCAAUUGCCUCCAUGUCUUCUACCGGAGCAGUUGCACAGGAAGGUAACAAAGAAGUGUCCGAUAUUGAUGACCUUGUUGGGGACUUUGGCUUUCUGUCUGUGAAUGCCACUUCAAGAGACUUCCACGGGAUUACGUCAAACACCUCUUUCGCUAAUCUCCUCUUGUCACUGUCUCAAGCCGAACCAAUCCCAAAGCUGUCGGCCCAGCCAUUACCGCCACGGCAUGAAAUCACACCCCUUUUACAACACUAUUUCGAUAACUUCUACAUCCAGCUUCCCUUUUUCAUCGAGACGAGUUUUUGGACCUCCGUGGAUGCUGUUUAUCAAGCGGAGGGCCGUUUCGCCAAACCCUUCGAUCAUUGGAUCUUGCAGAUGGUCCUGGCCACAGCGUCGGCAUCGGUCUCCCUUGAGGUUGGCGAUAGAAGUCACCAGAGAGCUUUAUAUUAUGUUUCGGGAGCUUUCAAACACGCAGAGGACGUCAUCUGCCCUGGUUCCAUUGUCGGCAUCCAGGCGAUCCUACUUCUCGCCCAGUAUUCGUUGUUCGACCCCAAACACUUCCGCAGUUGGUACCUGGUGGGGAUGGCUUCCAGAGCCAUGGUUGAUCUAGGCCUGCACCAGGAUCCUCCUGUCGAGGUCCAGUCAGCUUCGGAGCAGCUGGAUCUUCGCCGUCGCGUCUUUCACUGUAUCUACUGCUUGGACAGGGGCCUAAGUACCGUCCUGGAAAGAACCUUCUCGCUCUCAGAUGAUUCAAUCAAUGUUGCUCUACCGUCCUCCACCACAUCCCUAGGCUCCCAGCUAACGGAGAAGAGCCAUAUCUUUCUGCGCAGCUCGGAGCCGGCCUGGCAUAUUGUGAAAGUCCGACAAAUUUUGUCGGAGGCUUAUCAGAAAAAAUACUUUCACGAACACGAAACGUCACUUCACCCAUCUGCAUCGGCUUGGUCUCUCUGUUCGAAAACUUGCAAGUGGUUCGAUGAUAUCCCGAGCAAUGCACCAAAUUAUUACCCGGUUAUGUGCAGACUGGAGCUGCUAUAUACCACCGUCAUGAUUCUCGCACUUAACGACGGGCAGUGCGCCCCCAGUGAUUACAGCAGUGUUGUGUUGUUUGACUGCUGCAUGCAGUACAUCGGCCAACUCCAUGAAGUGCUCAGAAAUCCCGCUUGGCUACCUCUCAUAACGUUCCUAGAUAUUGAAAGGACGUUCCAGGUUGCUCGGCGAUUCCUUGAAGCCAUGACGGGUAACGAAGAUCUUCUCUUCAGCCCGUCUAUACCUUCACUGCCAGCCAUCCCUCCCGAGACCCCCAAACCGCUCAUACUGAGUGGAGAAGAUCAGAUGAAUUUCUACGGCCGCGCCACAGAAUGUCUGUCCCACAUCCAGGAUCUUCUCCAGUAUGGAGCGAGGAAGUGGGAGGCGCACGGCCUAUUCACAGAGUUCCAGCAAAUAUCGGAGCCUUCCCGAAAGCGACUGAUGCAUUCGCCGGGUACCUAUAUGUCGAGGCCUGAGGUCUUCAUGGCCGGUUACCCAACGUUAGUCCCUGCAGGAUCAGGAUAUCUCGGCUUUGACCUUGGCUAGUUUGGAUUUUGAUGGGGCCCGGCCUCUGUGUGCGCUGUGCAAUAUGUCCAUAACGUGGUUUUUGAUGCACCAGCACUGCGGCCAUUCAGAUAUCAUGAUUGAUCCCACUUAACCUACUUAACGCUCGUGAAUGAAAUUAUUU